CCCAUCAGCACCCAUUGCCUUCGAGUGCCGUUAAACAAGACAAGGGCCCUGGCACUCCCCCAACAGAUCAUGUCCGGCGGCGAGGAUGCCGGGGCGGAGCUGGAUUUGACCAAUGCCCACCUGCCCUCGCUGGACGAAGUCGAUCUGCCCAGCGGGCUGACGAGCCUGGACCUGACAGCUAACCGGCUGCGCAGCAUGGAGCCCAACCUGCUGGCGCUGACGGGGUUGCGCCGCCUCUGCCUGCGCCAAAACCUGGUCAGCCAGGUAGCAGAGGUGGAGGCGCUGGCCAGUGCGCCAGUGCUCGAGGCGCUCGACCUGCGGGACAACCAGCUCAAGGCCUUGCCCAGCCUGGCCGCUUUCACCUCGCUGCGCUACCUGGAGGUGUCGUACAAUGAGGUGCGCUCGCUGGCGCCGCUAAGCAGCCUGGGCAGUACGCAGCUGACAGAGCUGUUUGUGGCCUGCAACAAGAUUGCGGCCAUUGAGAGCUUGGAGCGACUCGCCCUGCUGCACACCCUAGAGCUGGGCGGCAACCGCAUCCGGUCGCUGGAAGGCCUUUCGCAACUCGGCCUGCUGCAGGAGCUGUGGCUAGGGCGCAACCGCAUCGCUGAACUUGGGGACUGCCUGUCCAGCCUCCACAACCUCAGGCGUCUGUCGCUGCAAAGCAAUCGAUUGACGUCAAUGGCAGGGCUGCAGCACUGUACCGCCCUGGAGGAGCUGUACCUCAGCCACAACGGCAUUGAGCAGCUGGAAGGGCUGGACCGGUUGGUGAACCUGAAAAUUCUGGAUGUUGCCAACAACCGCAUCCAGCGGAUAGGGAACCUGGGCGUGCUGCAGUUGACCGAUCUGUGGGCCAACGACAACCAGAUCGGCAGCCUGGACGAGGUGGAAGCAGCGUUAAAGAGCCAGCGCGGUAGCAUGAGUUGCGUGUAUCUGCGGGGCAACCCUUGCGCCGCCGGCACUGACUACAAGCUGCGCAUGAAAUUCACGCUGCCGCGCCUGGAGCAGCUGGACGACAGCCCGGUGGCCUGA